UUUUGUUUUAAAGAACAGAGGACGAAGAAAGGCGUUUGAGUGCCAUGUUUGUAGUUUGAGAAGGAACUACAUCGGGACGAGCACACUGGAGGGGCGGACCAUAGUGUGAGGCGGACUUUGACAUUGGACGUUGCUCCUCAAGCUUCCGGUCCUGUGACAACCCGGAAGUGUGAGCUGCUGGUUGAAGUAAGCGGAUGAUAAUAACAGGCUGCAAGCGAUACCGGCUCCUCUUCACCGUCGUCGGGGCUGAUGGGACUUGUCGGAGAGGCAGUGCAACAUCUUUACUGUUAGCUGGUGGUGAUGAAGGCAGGUGGUCGGCCUUUAACACGUCUGUCUGUUUAGUUGUAUGUCCCGUUGUGUCGGUGAAGGAGAUAUAUUUAAGCUAACGCUACAAGGUUAGCUGUCUUCUUUCCGCUCCGAAAUAAGCCGGUCAUGUUUUUAUCACACUCGGAGAUAUGGAGAACAUACUGGGAGUGUGUUUCCAGACCUUACACGGUGUUCAUCUGCUCCCUCACAGCCGCACUGUACUAUCUGUGGGGCCGCAAGUGUCAGGCACCGGCCCUAGUUACUAGCAAGACCUUCAGUGCUUUCCUCCUCAAGCACUGUCCUGUGGUGUCUGAGAACUUCAGCCCAACUCCUUGGUGCUGGGGAGGUCGGCUCCAGACGCUGGUCUGUGCCUUCAUCAAGUCCAAACCCCCCGCUGCUUAUCGCAAUGAGCUGAUCCGUACGGUCGAUGGUGGUCAGAUCUCUCUGGACUGGGUGGACAAUCAGGCCAGUGUGCCUUACCCAGAAUCCUCUACCCGCCCCACGGUGCUGAUCCUCCCUGGCCUGACAGGGAACAGCCAGCAGUCCUAUGUGCUCCAUGCCAUUUGUCAGGCCACCCGCCGCGGCUACAGAUGUGUGGUCUUCAACAACAGAGGCGCCGCAGGGGAAGAGUUGCUGACGCCUGUCACCUACUGCGCAGCCAAUACCUCAGAUCUUGAGCUUGUGGUGCAGCAUGUCAAAGGACUUCACCCACAUGCCCCUUUGCUUGGUGCUGGUGUGUCUUUGGGCGGCAUGUUAUUGUUAAACUACCUGGGCCGUAAGCGCGCAGAGUCUGGGAUGGUGGCGGGUUUGACCAUCUCCGUCCCCUGGGAUGCACAGAAGUCCUCCGACUCGAUGGAAGAACCUUUGAACUGGCUGCUCUUCAACUCCUACCUCACGAGGGGCCUGCGUCGUGCUGUCGCCAGGCACAGGAAGGUUCUGGAGAAAGUGGUGGACAUUGACUAUGUUUUGAAGGCACGGACAGUCCGUGAGUUUGAUGAACGCUUCACCUCUCUUCAGUUCGGUUAUAAUUCUUGUACGGAGUAUUAUUGCGAUGCCAGCCCAGACAAAAAACUCCCCAAUACAGCAGUGCCCAUCUUGUGUCUGAACGCUGCGGAUGACCCCUUCUCUCCAAAAUGCGCAUUCCCGGUGAACAUAGUCCAAGGCCUGCCCAACGUCGCUCUGCUGUUAACGGCCCAUGGCGGACACAUCGCCUUCCUGCAGGGUUUGUUUCCCCGCGGCGAGAGCUACAUGGAGCGCCUCUUCGGUCAGUUUGUCCAAGCUGUCUUUGAGCACCAGAGGGACAUCAGGAAGGCAUGCGGCAUCAAGGAGGAGAAGACGAGCUGAUCGUCUUUCGCCCUUGUUUGCACUCUGAACCAGACCCAACACCAGAAUGACUCUCAACUGUGAACAAAAUGAAGUCACCGGCUACAACCUCAUUGCAACACAUCAUUUGAAAUGCAUAGCUUAGCUUUGCAUGCAGUUAUCUCACCACAGAAAUGUUGGGUUUGCACCGAGAAUGACCAACUGUAUUGUACAAUCAUGUGACCUCACCGCUACUGAGCUAAACUACCUCUUCAUCGUCUCAGGUUCUCUUUUCAUGAACAUUCAAAGAAGAUUGAGAAAAGUCGAGAACUUUAAAGUAUUCAAGAAAAUCCUUCAGCCGAUGAGUUCAUGCCUACAAAAAAUGAUGUACAGCAUACUGUAUAUAUCAGUCUUUCUAUUUUAGCUUUUCAGUAGAAUUUUGAUUGCUCCUAAUUAUCAUAUUCCUCUCACAUGCCGUCCCAUCCUCACUUAGAGUGCUGUAGUGUCGCUCAAAACAAAAUGCACAAAUAGUUGCACUUGGACUUCAGAAUUGAUUUGAAAUUGUUAUUUAAAAUGAAAUGAAUCAAAUGUGAAAACUAGAAAACUGCUAGCUGCCCUGUCGCUCUUGUUUUGCCCCAUAAGCUCUUUUGGUUUUUCCAACACUUGUUUUCGUUGAAGUGCGACAUGCCAUAAAGGAUUCCAAUGGCGUGUUUUCAGACUUGAGUGCAUACUUUGCAUACAAUUUCUUAAUGCGUACCAGACUGUGAGGUAAUCCUGCAAGUAGUUCAAACUAUUGCUCUCACCCUCAAAGCUCCCACACAGCAGGAAUACAAAAAAAGAAAAUGUAUUAAAUGUAAACAAAUGCUGCUUGUAGAUGCUUUUGCAGUAUGCCCAGUUGCAAUGUAAAUGAUGCAGUACCUUACAGGUAAAUUCGCUGACACUGCAGUAAAUCCCUGUGUGUCACUAACUUGAGGUUUUUCCACCUGCUGUGAAUAAUGUAAUCACAUGUGGUUCUGAAUUUUCUGUGUGUUGCAAUCUGCCUUCUGUUUGUCAUUGACGCACAUUCUCUAUCAUGUCUGCAUUCACGUCCACAUGAUUGUUAUUAGGUAUGUAGUUAUAGGGAGGGCAUUUGUUCUGAAUGUAAUCACUGAUUUUAAGUCUUAGUACCAGGGUUAAGUGUGUGUGUGUGUGUGUGUGUGUGUGUGUGUGUGUGAGAGAGUAAAGAAUAUGCUGAAGGUUUUAUUGUGUGUGUCACUGAUGGUCCACUGAUGAUACAAACUAGGGAUGAGCGAGUACGAUGUGAACUGUUCCUGUAUCUGUGCUCGUAAUGGGUGGUGCUUAAACAGGAAGUGUGUGAAUAACCAGAAGUUCAUUGUUAAAACCUGAAAUUGAUGUGGCUUGAUCUAAUAUUUAACUAUUUACAGAACAGCCUCAGAACGGAGCUUCAGAUCAAUGUCACAAUUCAAACUAGAACAAGUUUAUUUUUAACAUGAAUGAAUGAACUUCAGUCAGCUACCUGAUGAGGAUUGUGUUAUGAACAAUGUCGGAUAUUGACUUUACCAGAACCACACUUGUCUGUAUCGGACAGUCGUUUCAGCAGAGUACUCGCUCAACCCUAAAACAAACACCAUUGUAUGAUACUAAUAUCAAGGAAUUCUUAAGAUAUGAUUACCAGUCAUUUUUACCAGAAGCUACAGUUGUUUGACAUGAAGGUGUUAAAAUUAAAGCAACAAAUGUUGCUUAUUGUUGGCUUUUUAAAAGGCAACCCUGCAGUGUGUUUACAGGUCCUGGGGAGUACCACUGUAUAUAAGUAAAAAAAAACAAAUAUUAAGCCUUUUGUGGCUCCAGACGAAGCUGCACGUAAUCUGAUAAAUUGCCUCCAAUUGCAUCUCUCAGUGGCUAAAUUGCAUUGUGGGUAAUGAAGGCGGCAAUUUUUUGAAAAGCAGUCCAGUUGUCUACCGCUCCUGUAACACUGUUGGAGUUAAAAAGGAUCAAAAUAAAUGUAGUAGAACCAGAGAUACUGACUUUGUACUAUAUCAAAACCUGGUGCCUACAUUACCCACAAUGCAACUUAGCCACUGAGUGACAUCGCUGGAGGCACUUUAUCAGAUUGCAUGCAGCUUCCCUCUGGAGCCACAAAAGGCUUUAUACUAAUUUUCUUUCAUAUAUGUAAACACACUUUAAUGUGACAAAUUGGUGAAGUUGCCCUUUAAGUUCAGCUACAGUUCAGUUUUGCUACAUUUACUUGCCUUUAUUUGCGGUGUUGUUUUCAAUUAUUAUUCAUUCUCACUUAUGUGUGUGCUGCCACCACAACUAUGGGCAUUAUGAAGUUUCUCUUUGUUUUUUUUGGUUAUUGAAUUACACUUGAAUUAAAGAAUGACAGUAGUACAAACUCACCGUCA